CUCCUACCUUUUCACCUAAAUCUAUCACUUGUCACCUGCGAAUCUCAAACGGUAUGUAUUUUGUAUCAAUUCACUCGGGACCCACCUUAUCCAAGGAGGCUGCUCUGUCGCCAUACUAUUUCCUACGUCACGCACGCCAAUCUCUUACUUCCAUCUGCUUCAGGACGCCUUUGGGGAUAACCGACAACGUGCUGACAUUCCAGUCAUCAGAGCGUCAAUUUAAAAGGCCAUCCACGAUAUGCUGAACGUGCGAGCUCUCAACAAACUCCUGACGGAGAAUGUCGACCACAAGGUCUUCGUUCGUUGGUUUAUCAUGACGCCAAACGGAUCGUUAAUGGCAUACACCCUACCAGCCAAUAUGAAGGAACUCCGUGACCAAGUUGCCUUAGUAUCAAUAUCUUGGAAGGAACACCUAGAACGCAAAGACAGCGAGAGAUUCGAACCACAGUAUAGCCAGGGCGGUCCAAACGAAGCUCCGAAACGUGUCAUUCGACCCAAUGCUCUUGAAACGCUGACUGUCGAGUUCGACAACCGAAAUUUGAUCGUCAAAUACUUGCAACCCAAACUACUCCUGGUACUCGAGGGCGGUGUACCGCCGGGGAGAAAGCGCGAGCUCAAAGUGACAGCAGAAGCACCGGAUGAUGCGCGGUACCCUUCCGAAGACUCGAAUGGUGCGGAUCGGGCUGAUACUAUGCUCGGCACAUCUGUCGGAUCAAAGGCAUCCACCACGGUCAGCAGCACACAACGGCUUAGUGUUCUUCACAUCCAGCGUAGGAAGAUGGAGAUGAUGGCUGAGACAAUCAAGCGAGAACUAUCUGGAUUCGAGGCAUGUGGUGCUUGCUAUCUGACAAGCUAUUAUCGUAACUAACAGCGUGUUAGAUGCCUGAUGAUCCGAGCAACAAGUUCUUCUGAGGAUAUACCCCCUGACUUCUUGCCAUAUUGAACGAGCGA